GGUGGGAUUCAAGACCAACUGAUCAAUAAUCUCGCCCAGGGCAACUCAUCCAGGACAGCCUGUAUGUACAAUUAAGGUGUCCCAGAGAACAAGCCGCUUUUCCCCUUAAAAUUAGUGAGUCUGGCUCCAUGUGCUCAUUUACCUGAUGCUGCUCCCACUAAAACCCCUGUUUAUGCUCAUUGUCCUCAUGUGACAGUUUACUGCAACAGGGUUAACUGGGCUGGGUGUGUGACACUGCCUGUUGCCUCUAACCCCAGCACUGUGCAUCCCCUAGGAUUUCCUUCCUACAUCUUCUCUUUUCCAGCAUGUCUUGCUUUUGCUGCCAGAGGUACAGUUUCCCUUAAAGAAGACCUGGUGUAUUUAGAGUGCUGGGCAGAAGCAGAGUUUCCAGUUUUAGAGUCUAGAUUCACUGUUUGAUAAAUUGGUAAAUCUCCAGUGCUCUGUCUGCACAGAAUUUGCAUCGGAAGAACUAUGGGAAUACUAACAAAAAGGCUGCUCAGAUCACUGCUGAAGUUCAUAUUUGGCCCAUGUGCUGUCCCAGCUUUGGAUCUGGUGGAUCAGCGUUCUGUCACCCGAGUCACAUCCCCCAGUGGAAGGACUGCAUACCAGGUUCUUGGGAGCUCAGGCAAACUCUACACCUGCUAUAGUUCCUGCCACUUCUGCACAUGUCCUGCUUUUGGGUUCAGUGUAUUGCAGAAGAGUGAGAGCCUUCUGUGCAAACAUAUACUUGCUGUCUACCUCAGUCGGGCCAUGGGAGCCUGUCAGGAACUAACAGUGUCUGAGGAGCAGCUCAUAAACAUCUUACUGGCUGAUGAAGAGGAUGAAGGAUGAAGGAUCUGUAUCACAUGUGGAUGUGCUUUCUGUAUACCCUCCCAGCUGUGUUGCUGGCUUUUUUUGUACCUACAAGGCUGCCAAAUAUUCAUCAUGGAUGGUAGGUUUCUUCCUGUGCUGCAGCCAAGUGUGACAUUAAUUAGCAUUAGAAUUGGUAGAUUAAUUAAUAAAUGUUAAAAAGCCUA